CCGCUCGGCUUCCCGCUCCGCAGGGUGCCCACAGAGACGGCAUGGCUGCUCGUCACUCCAGUCUUCUGUUCUUCACCUCCGUGCUGGCCCUGCUAGCCCCUCUUCUUGCUCUGGACAUUGAAAACCUGGGAAGAUUGAAAGCAAAUUUAGAUGAAAUCAUUAAUCUCCAUUCACAUAAGCUCCAUUCUGAUGAAGACGGAAAGAACACGCAGCAGAGCAGAGCCAGUGACCCUCUGCAGACAGAGCACCGCAGUUGGCCCAAGGACUGCAGCGAGGUCUCUGCUGGCAGCCCCAGCGGCGUCUACGUCAUCCAGCCCACAGGACUGCACCCCAUCGUGGUGUACUGUGAAAUGAAUGCGACGGACGGGGGCUGGACGGUCAUCCAGAGGAACCAGCAGAGCACGGAGAUCACCUGGGCCGAGUCCUGGAGCACCUACAAGUACGGCUUUGGGAACGUGCACACCGAGUACUGGCUGGGCACGGAGUACAUCCAUCAGAUCUGCAAGCAGAAGGUCUACGAGGUCAGGUUUGUCAUCUGGGAUGCUGCGAACAACACCAAGUUUGCAGACUACAACCUCUUCAGCCUGGAAGAUGAGUCCCAGGGCUACCGGCUGAGGCUGGGAACAUACUCGGGGUUGGCAGGGGACGCCAUGACCUCAAACAGUGCUUCCACCGUGCACGACAACAUGAAGUUCUCCGCAAAAGAUCUGGAUCAGGACACUUACAGUGGGAACUGUGCCUCCAGCUACGGGGGUGGGUGGUGGUACUCGGCGUGUUAUUCUGUACGGCUGAACGUCAAGGGGGGCAUAACGUGGGGCAGCCUGUGCAACGGGAACUGCAAAGCUUCGGCCAUCUUCAUCAAACCAGCCUCCUAUUGCUAGUUGCAUUUUCGUUGCCUUUCUGUCCAACCUGAGGCUAAUUCUGGCUCUGCAAAGAGAUGGAAAAAGGCAAAAUAUGUCAUGGCCAAAGCUAGUGUCCUAGGGGGUCUUUGCUGAGGUUGGUCAUAUCCUAGCUAUUGAAGAAAAUAAGGCAUUUUCCACUUCUUUUCCCUCCUGUAGAUUCCCUCUACUCCUCAGCUGUGCCUUUAUCCUUUUGUUCAGAGUCAGAUCAUUUUAAUUAUGUUAGUAAUCAGAACAGUCUCUAGCAAAAUCUGGAGUUUCCAGAUCUGUAGUGUGCUUCAUAUAAAAUGUGAAACAGCCAACCCAGUGGACCUAUAUGGCUUUGUAAGUUAAUAUACAUCCUUAACUUCAGGCAA